AUGUUUAUCGAAAGAUUUGACCAUUCCGUCACAUUGAGUGGAAUGCUCGAAAUGAGUACAGUGUUUUUACCUAUAAAUCAAAACUGGAAUCGUUUUAUACGUGAAGUUGAUGUAACAUUUGAAAAUAUUGAAUCUGAUAUGCAACAUAUUCUAAUGCAAAUAGCAAAUGAAACAUAUAUUAUUAGACCUUCUCAAGUUCAGGUUUCAGCAUUGCAAAAGACUGAUCGUAUUGGUAGUGAACUAAAAGCCAUGGUUCGAGCACCAUCUGGCUACUGUUUCGCAGCCGAUGUACAAUAUGCUGGAAUGCACGAUUUGUUAAUUGUUGUUACGAUUGCCUGUUCAAUUGUUCAUCAGUUAUUUGCUGUUAGAUUCAACAGCAUUUGGUUGGAUGAAUCUUCAAGAAAAGAAAAAGAUGGUACUGAUCUACAUAGUAAAGUGGCAAAUUUAGUUGGAAUAAGUCGUGAUCAAGCAAAAGCAAGAUUAGAAAAUAAAGGCUACUAA